CUGAACUUGUGAGUGAUGCGUUCCACUGUUCUUCUGCAGCUCAGACAGACUGUGAUCUCGCCAUGUUUAUCCACUGUGAGCUGGUGAUGCUGAUACUUGCACUGACUCUUGAUGGUCAAGUUCACACAGGGCAAAUCUAUGGAGGCCACGAGGUUGUACCACAUAGCAGGCCAUACAUGGUGCUUUUGGAGCAGCACAUGGAGGAUGGCAGUAAAAAACACUGUGGUGGCUUCCUCCUGAAUGAGGAUUUUGUGAUGACUGCAGCCCACUGCAAAGCCAAGUCCUACACAGUUUUACUUGGAGUUCACAAUGUCCAUGAAAAUCAUAACAUACAGCGUAUAUCUGUGAAAGAAGUAUUUCCAAAUAAAGACUACAAUGAAACUGAAUUAAAAAAUGACAUAAUGCUUCUUAAGUUGAGCUCCAAGGCAACUUUCAGCAAAAAUGUGAGCCCCAUUCCUCUCGCAGGCAAUGACCAUGGCUCACUGCCAAAAUCAUGUAUAGUCUCUGGCUGGGGAAGAAGCGACAAAAACGUAAAGUAUAUGUCUGCGGUGCUCAUGGAAGUCAAUGUAACACUCAUUGAAAAUAAGCACUGUGCUGCAGAUAAGUUCUACUGCUCUGAGGGAGAGACUGGACCAGCUGAGGGAGACUCUGGUGGUCCAUUGGUCUGCAACGAUGGAAAGGCGUACGGGGUGGUGUCCUUCACCUUCACACCAAAGUCAGGUGGACCACAUCUACAUGGCUAUGCCAAGAUAUCUGAUCACAGGAGCUGGAUCAGUUUGGUCACAAACAUUCCCUAAUGCAUGUAAUACUUGACUGAUAAGAACACAACAUUUGAAUUUAUAGAUUUUUUUUGUGUAACACUGCAGUGCUUAAGUGUUGAUGAUUGAAAUGCUUGUAAUAGCAUUGAUUCUGACUGGAUUUGCUUGAUUGAGAUAGAUUUAGUCAAAAUUUGCUUUGAUGAUAGCAAAUGAUUCAAGUCUUUAUUUGGAAAGCUGAGUCAAAAUAAAUGAUAUAAAUGUAUGUACACUUCUCUGCUUGAGCAUGGAUUAAAUCAA